AUGGAAACCAAAGAAGCCCCUGGGAAAGAAGGCAUGGGAGCCAAGAGGAAGAAUUUGACCUUCUUGAAGCACAGACUGUACAUGGUGGAGAGAAGGAAGACAGACACUGUUGUUGAGAACAGUGUUUCUGUGGACCAGGGUAACUCUGGCACUUUGAGGAGGAGCCAAUCUGACAGGACAGAAUACAGCCAGAAGUUACAAGAAAAGAUGGCCCCACAAGCUGGGUCCUUGUCACCCGUCACUUCACUGCAGGAGAAUGAAGAGCAGCUGACCAGGCGAAUGAUGGCCAAGAGAGUAAAAAUCAUUGCAGAACUGGUGCAGACAGAGAAAGACUACCUCAAUGACCUGGAGCUGUGCAUCAGGGAAGUGGUUCAGCCCUUGAGAAACAAGCAGAUUGUUAGGUUUGACGUGGAUGGCUUGUUUAGCAACAUUGAAUCAGUCCAUCAAAUAUCAGCCAAACUGCUGUCAUUGUUGGAAGAAGCCACAGCAGACGUGGACCCACCCAUGCAAGUAAUUGGAGAAGUGUUCUUGGAGAUUAAAGGCCCACUAGAAGACACAUAUAAAAUCUAUUGCUACCACCACGACGAUGCGCACACCAUGCUCGAAUCCUAUGAAAAGGAUGAAGAACUGAAACAGCAUUUAAAACACUGCGUACAGUCCUUAAAAAAGAUAUAUGAGGAAGAAGGAAAACCGAAUUUAAUGGACAUGGGAUCCCUGAUGAUCAAACCAAUACAGCGUGUGAUGAAAUACCCUUUGUUACUGUGCGAGCUCUUGAAUUCGACUCCUGCUUCCCACCCUGACCACAAGGCACUGCAAGAUGCCUUUGCUGCUGUGAAAGACAUUAAUGUGAACAUCAAUGAACUUAAAAGAAGGAAAGACUUAGUGUUGAAGUAUAAGAAGAAUGAUGAAGAAGAAUCUCUUAAAGAGAAGUUUUCCAGACUGAAUAUUCACUCCAUUAGCAAGAAAUCCAAGAGGGUUACUAGCCAUCUGAAAAUUCUGACGGGGGGAGAGCCUCAGGUAAAAGACCAGACCUUUAAUAAGGAGGAAAAGCUAUUUAGAAGUUUAGAAAAGACUGUGAAAUUUUGCGUGAAGAAUAUUUCAUUCUCCCUACAACAUCUACAGGAUUCCAUGCUUCUAGCUGCACAGAAUAUAACUGAACUACAAGGUAUUUUACACCACAAAGAUGAUGAAGACAAUGGCUGUUCAAAAAUGCUGAAUAACAUUGGAAACCCCUGUGAAGGCUUUGUGGAUCAAUUGGAAAAACUGGUUUUGACCCCACUCUCAGCUCUACAAACCUUGUUUCCAGGCCCCCAGAAGCUGAUCCAGAAGCGUUAUGACAAGUUGCUGGAUUACAAUGGCUACCUUGAAAGGUCAGCAGGAGAUGAACUGAAUCUGGCAAAGAAGGACUAUGAGGCUCUCAAUGCACAGCUCGUGGAGGAACUUCAGGUGUUCAACAGGACAGCUAAGAAGAUUGUGAUGAACUGUCUGCAUUGCUUCAUCACUCUCCUCAGGGACAUGAUGUCCUCAGCAUUUCAGUCAUAUUCGACCAUUGUGGUGCCCGUUCCGCUGUCUUCUUCAAGUAUCUGUGAAGUACAAACUCAGGUGUUGGAAGGGUUUCACAAUCUAAAUUUUGUAAAAGAAAACAGCAGUGCAACAUUUAUUGAGAGAAAACUGAGCUUUGAAAAGAAGAAACCUGCUCCUACUCAGCCUGACUCUCCACGUCAGACAGAGAGCCAGAGAUCCAAGUUACUGGCUACAUAUAGCACAGAAUCACUAUAUCAAGCUAAGCGCAAAUGCAAUGCCACACAGGAAUUUGAUAUUGAUUUAUAUGAAGGUGAGCUGGUGGCUGUUGUUGAGCAAAAGGAUCCCUUUGGAAGUACAAGCAGGUGGCGUGUUGACACAGGAAUUCAUAAAGGGUAUGUGUAUUCCUCCUUCCUGAAGCCCUACAAUCCAGCCAAGGUGCAGAAGGAUGUAGCAGAAACCAGUUUCUGUGAUGACGAUUUCGAUAAUAUCAGCCUUUUUGUCUCUUCACGGCCUACCAAUGAUAGCAGUGCAAGAAAUCUAGGACAUAAGAGGAGUGACAGCAGCUCAUCUAAUAAUAGCCUAUGUGAAAAACCUACAAUUAAUGGGACAGAGACUGAUCACGACACGGAUGAUCAACAUACUUUCUAUGCUGUUUAUGCAUUUCAAGCAAGAAGCCAUCAGGAACUUAGUCUUCAGGAGUACCAGCGGGUUCGGAUACUCCAGUUUUCUGACCUGAGCGGCAAUAAAGAAUGGUGGUUAGCAGAAGCCAAAGGACAGAAAGGAUAUGUACCUGCUAAUUACCUUGGGAAGAUGACAUAUGCAUAG